GAAAAGAUGGCAGCAACCUAACCUAAUCUGACGGUAUCUCUAUGCUUUUUUCUGAAACAUACCGAGUCACAGUUUAUUGCUGGAUAGCUGAUGCUCGCUAUCCAACUCACUUUAUCUGCCUCUUAUGUGAAUUAAAUAUCUGAAGCAAAAAAUCUGCUCGUGUUACUACAGAAUGGAGAAGAGCAAGAGCAUCGAGAGUGUGGAGUCUAACGUUAAACCGCCCUCAUCCAGACAGCCAAGUGUGGAUUCAGUGGCGAGUUCUUCCAGAUCCCCAUCCGACCAGUCUGUCCAAAAGCUCUCUGAUGCAGUGUCCAGCUCUGUAGAGAUGUCCCUGGAGCAUCAGGAAUUUGGGAAUUCAAAUAAAGAGGAACCACAAUUGCUACCAAAAGAGUCGAUACAAGACAUGAAUGAAGAUGUCACCUACAUCUGCCCUUUUCUGGGUGCUAUCAGGGGAACUUUGUUUGUGACUAAUUAUAGGCUGUUUUUCAAAAGCAUAGAAAGGGAUCCAGUGUUUGUGUUGAAUCUACCUCUUGGAGUGAUCAGCCGGGUGGAGAAAAUUGGAGGGCCCUCACACCGUGGAGAAAUGUCCUAUGGACUUGUGUGCAAGGAUGUACAGAAUCUUCGGUUUGCACACAAAGUACAAGAAGGAUCUCUGAAGAAGUCCAUAUUUGAGGUCGUAAUGAAGUUUGCUUUUCCCCUCUCUAAUGGCAUGGAAAUGUUUGCCUUUCAAUAUGAACUGACUUUCCCUGAGAGCGGUUGGAAGGUGUACGACCCUCUGGCAGAAUACAAGAGACAGGGCUUACCCAAUGAGAGCUGGAGAAUAACGAAGGUGAACGAUCAGUAUGAGCUGUGCGACACCUACCCUGCUAUGCUGGUGGUGCCCAUCAACAUUCCUGAUGAGGAGCUCAAGAGAGUGGCAGCCUUCAGAGCCAAGGGCAGGAUUCCUGUCCUGUCCUGGAUCCACCCAGAGAGCCAGGCUACGGUCACGCGCUGCAGCCAGCCCAUGGUGGGCGUCAACGGCAAGCGCAGCAAGGACGACGAGAAGUACCUGCAGGCCAUCAUGGACGCCAACGCCCAGUCCCACAAGCUCUUCAUCUUUGAUGCGCGUCCCAGCGUCAAUGCAGCGGCGAACAAGAUGAAGGGGGGUGGCUACGAGAGCGAGGAAGCCUAUCAGAACGCAGAGCUGGUGUUCCUGGACAUCCACAACAUCCACGUGAUGCGGGAGUCUCUCCGCAAGCUGAAGGAGGUGGUAUACCCCAACAUCCAGGAGUCCCGCUGGCUGUCCAACCUGGAGUCCACCCACUGGCUGGAGCACAUCAAGCUGAUCCUCGCAGGGGCGCUGCGCAUUGCGGACAAGGUGGAGUCUGGGAAGACGUCGGUGGUGGUGCACUGCAGCGACGGCUGGGACCGAACGGCCCAGCUCACCUCCCUCUCCAUGCUGCUGCUCGACUCACACUACCGCUCGCUCCUGGGCUUCCAGCAGCUGCUGGAGAAGGAGUGGCUCAGUUUUGGGCACCGCUUCCAGCUGAGAGUGGGUCACGGGGACAGGAACCACUCCGACGCAGACCGAUCGCCAGUCUUCCUGCAGUUCAUCGACUGCGUGUGGCAGCUGACCCGACAGUUUCCUUCUGCGUUUGAGUUCAACGAGUACUUCCUGAUCACCAUUCUGGAUCACCUCUACAGCUGCCUUUUUGGAACCUUCCUCGGCAACAGCGAGCAACAGCGUGUGAAGGAGGAGCUUCCAAAGAGGACUGCCUCUCUGUGGUCUUACAUUAACAACCAGCCAGAGGAGUUCACCAACCCCCUGUAUGUGGAUUAUUCCAACCACGUGCUGUUCCCCGUGGUCAGCAUGCGCCACCUAGAGCUGUGGGUGGGGUACUACAUCCGCUGGAACCCUCGCAUGAGGCCCCAGGAGCCAUUGCACCAGCGCUCUAAAGAGCUCCUGGCCAAGCGGGCGGAGCUGCAGAGGAGGGUGGAGGACUUGCGGCGUGAGAGGAACAGCCGCUCCAGCACAGCCUCAGAGGGGCCUAGCUCCCCCACCGUUAACGCCUGCGUGUGAUGGGCUGCCAGGGACUUUACUCAGUCCUUAGGGGGCUGUGGUGCUGGGGUGAACCCUUGGGCAUGUUUUUAAGGGACACCUUGAUUUCGGUGGUAGGGCAGGGUGCCUCAGUGCUGCCCUAUCAGACCUGGGGUCUGCUCCCCUGGGAGUGCUUCACCUGGACCCAGGUGAGUCCCUGUUCUCUGCCAAAGACAGUCCCGCAACGUAGCCAUAUUUUACUCCCGCUACCUCCAGGAAGAGUGGCUCCCUAUUCCCUACCUGUCCUCAGCAAACGCACUACAGUAACGCAUACUAAUUUGGAAUGUACUGUAUUAUUCAAAUAUUGCAGGAAGCUUAAUUUAAGAAUAAAUAAAAUACAUUACUUAACUUACUUAUAUUCAGUAGGAUUGUUUUGCUGACAAAUGUAUAAGUUAUCAGCAGCUGUGGUAAGGUACUGUAUGUGUAAUUAACACACACACAGCUCCACUCAGCUGUUACAGUGGAGGCUUGCUGCAUGGCCAAAUCCAGCCGAAUUACCAGUUUUAAAUUGGGGCUGAAACUGUGUACCAGGCUCGUGUAGUGGCUCUGGUGGUCCAUUUAUUCAAAGCUUCAAUAUUGAGAACUUGGGAUUUGUAAGAAGCUGAAAUGUUCUGUCCUGGCUGGACAUGUAGGCCUGUGCCAAUUGGAGUGAAUACCUCAGUGUUAAUGUACAUUUAUUACUGGCCAUAUUAGAAGUGGAGGGGAUGAUGACACAACCUUUCAGUGCCUAUUUACAAGUGGUCACGAAGCACAGCCAUGCCUGCUAAGCCUUAUUUGAUGCUAAAGCACUUAUGAGCUGUAUAUGUAUUAAUAUUUAAACAAAAAUGAAUGUUUACACCGUUUAUCUAUAUUAGCGAUUGUCAAGUAACAAAAUGUGUAGUUAUGAAAUUUGCACUCGUCAUUUUACUCAACGGUUCCAACACAAGAAAAAGAGUGGUGCUGCAUUGAGUGAUGACAAGUAUUUACUGUAUUUAUUUAACGUGUAUUGAAAGUGGACUGAACACAAACUGAGAUGUCUAGAAUGUGUGUUUUAUUUCCUUACUUGAAGAUUAAAGCAUUGUCUGAAUUUUUCUCC